UACCUUACCACAACAAGAAGAAAUGCAACAAGCCUGCAAAUCGAACAAAAAAUUAAUGAAAUGGAAUCCUAAAAAGAUCGAACCUUGAUUUUUCAACUUGCUCAUGUUUCUGCUAUGGUUUACGCUUUCAUCUUACAUACUCUCAGACCCGGACCUUGUCGAGUUCUAUUUUCUCAAGUCUUUGUACACGAAGCUCAGCCAGAAGUAGAAGCGAUCGAAGAUGCUCGAGAACGAAGAAAAGAACAGCUUCUUAAUGUUGCCAACAGAGUCCAGUCAGAGUUUUCUUUUCGGUUCGUUACAUCAGGAAGCGUUCAACAUGUGGAUACAAAUGGACUAGCUACUACAGAUGAACUCCUAUCUCAACUGGAAUCAGGAAUAUUUAGGCUUGCAGAUGGCAAUCCUUUUGACUCAGAAAAGGUUGUGGUAUGGAAGGGCAUAGCAAAUUGUGGAUUUACAUUAAUUUGUGAAAAGACUGAAAACAGAGUGUUGGCAGAGAAUGUCUUGACACUACUCAUUAGGUACUUACAAGAUUACUGCAGAGUAAUCUUUCAGCCAACUGAGGCAAUAUUGAAGGUUGAUAAGCUCUCAGUUAUAUUAUUCCAAUUUUUACCAAAUGGCCAGCUGCUGUUCAUGAAUCACAGGUUUGUCAGACAGCUUGAGAAAGAGUUUGAACACAUCAUGGCAAUGAAGUAGUGGAAAAAGUGUUUACCAAAUAUAGAGAUACGAUACAAUAAAACACGAUAAACUUUAGAGGUGCCAUAUUAACCCAGUGAGUUAACUUAUGGCCCUCAAUAACACCCUACAUUACAGAUCAUAGAGUUUAUACUUUUUUAUUUAAAAAUAAUUUUAAAAACAAAAUAUAACAAACAAUUUAUAUAUUAAUU